UAGCUGCCAAUUAUUUACUGAGUGUCUUUGGGUGAGUUUUAGACAGGAAGUGUUGUUGAACACAUAGGGCAUGGUCUGAUUCAGUCUUCAGUCUGGAGGAAGUCAGCAGAUAGUUCACAUUGUUAACAGCUUGUUCUCUACACAACUUUACUACAAGGUUUCAAAUUUGACUGAAAUUAUUUCAGACUGAUGAUGAAAAUGUUUCACACAUUGGCUUUUUGCUGUUUGUGCUGUUGCCGCCUGGUUGAUGUGUUUGGUGAUACGGUUACAGUGAAGUCAGUGUCAGUGCUGGAGGGAGAUUCAGUCACUCUACACUCUGGUGUUACUGAAAUAAUGGAUGAAGAUCUGAUUCUGUGGAGGUUUGGAUCUGAAAACACUUUAAUAGCUAAAAUCGAUGUAAUGGCCAGCAGCAUCACUGUAUAUGAUGAUGUUCUUGAUGAGAGAUUCAGAGACAGAUUGAAGGUGGAUCAUCAAACUGGAUCUCUGAUCAUCACAAACACCAGAACUGAACACACUGGACUCUAUCAACUACAGAGCAACAGUGUGAGAAAGAGUUUCAGUCUUGUGGUCUAUGCUUCUUUACCCACUCCUAACAUCACCAGAAAUUGUUCAUCAUCAUCAUCAUCAUCAUCAUCAUCAUCACAGCAGAAUUGUUCAUUGUUGUGUUCAGUGGUGAAUGUGGGUCAUGUGACUCUCUCCUGGUACAAAGGAAACAGUUUAUUGUCCAGCAUCAGUGUGUCUGAUCUCAGCAUCAGUCUCUCUCUACCUCUGGAGGUGGAAUAUCAGGAUAAAAACAGCUACAGCUGUGUGCUCAACAAUCCCAUCAGCAACCAGUCCACACAUCUGGACAUCACUCAACUCUGUCACACAUGUGCAGUGUCUAAAAUAGUGCCGAUCUCUGCCGCUGCUGCUGGAUCUCUGAUGUUGACAGCAAUCCUGAUAUUUUGUAUUUGCAGGAAAUAUCUUCUGGUGGACAAACAGUUGUGUUUGAGGUUUGCUUUUUGUUUGGACACUGCUAAGGCGUCAUUAGCGUGUGGUUGA